AUGGCAAUUCACGUGAUGUUGCAUCCGCUCAAACCACCGCGCCAAGUCUCGAAUUUUGACCUAAGCGAGCCCACAAUCUUCAACGACGGCCAACACGCAACAGUCCGAUUUUUGCAGCUUCACACUUCCACCUCUCCUUGCCCGCAUCUACACAUCCAGCGUGACAAGAUGACGAAGCGCACCAAGAAGGUCGGUGUCACCGGUAAAUAUGGUACCAGAUACGGUGCCUCGCUCCGAAAGCAAGUGAAGAAGAUGGAAGUCUCCCAGCACGCCCGAUACGUCUGCACUUUCUGCGGCAAGAACAGUGUAAAGCGCAAGGCUGUUGGCAUCUGGGAGUGCCGAUCGUGCUCAAAGGUCGUUGCUGGCGGUGCUUGGACUGUCUCGUACGUUUACACCUCCUCGGUUGCGCUGAUAAAGCUCUCCACCUCCUUCCUCUUACUCCAGCAAUUUUAUCGAAUAGAAACUGGGCUGACAAAACGCGCUUUUUACUUUGAUGCUUGUGAUAUUAGGACUCCUGCCGCAGCCACCACCCGAUCGACCAUCCGUCGUCUCCGAGAAAUUGCGGAGGUUUAA